AUGAGUGCCCAAGGCCAACAGCCCCGUUCCCCACGAACCCGAUCACAACCACUAGGAGGUGCUCGGAGAAAGCAUGAAUAUCAAUCAGCCAUCCUUAAGCAGCACUGGGUCAAUGAACUAAGAAGCAGGCAAGACACCUAUCAGUGGAGCACCUAUGCACCAGGAAUCCCCAAGUGCAUUAAGGGAAAAAGUAGCAGUGACUUGCCCAAAGAUGCACAAUUUACUUUGGACCGAAAAGUGCACGUUGCUUUUAACCUUGAUCCUGCCUUUCUCGAGCUUGGUCUGAACCCACUGAAGCUGCUUAAGAAUGUCUGGACUAAUGUGGGUGAAUUCCGUAAAUGUCUGGACUUCUGCAAGGUUCCAGUUGCAGCAUAUGUCAUGAAACAUUGGAAAGAAGACCCAUUCUUUGGUUACCAAUAUUUAAAUGGAUCAAACCCACAGCUGAUCAAACAAUGCCAAACCAUCCCAGCCAAGUUCCCCGUUACCAACGAGAUGGUCUCUCCCUUUCUGGGACCGAACACCACACUCCAACAGGAACUUCAGAAAGGAAACAUCUUCCUUGUUGAUUAUGAGCUGCUGGAUGGAUUUCCAGCCCAUUCAAUCUUUGGAUGUCAGCAGUAUCUCGAAGCUCCAAUGUGUCUUUUGUACGUGAAUCCACAGGAUGAAUUAAUUCCCAUUGCAAUUCAGAUCAAACAGGAGCCAGGACCACAAAACCCCAUCUUCCUACCAAGUGAUAGCAAAUAUGACUGGCGACUUGCUAAGAUCUGGGCUCGACACGCUGACACACAGAUUCACCAGCUGGUCUCUCACUUGUUGAAAACUCACCUCUUUGCAGAGGUCUUUUCCAUUGCGACACUGCGGAAGCUGCCAAACGCACAUCCCAUUUUUAAGCUGCUCAUGCCUCACCUGAAAUUUACUUUAGACAUUAACACAGCAGCAAGGAAUCUCCUGAUAUCAGAUGGAGGUGUUUUUGAUCAGGCUUUCUCUACAGGAGGGGAAACGAAAGUACAAAUCCUGCAGCGAGCCUUGGAGCAAACAACCUACUCUUCUCUGUGUCUCCCGGAAGACCUGGCGUUUCGCAAAGUGGAACAUUUGCCCAGAUAUUACUACAGGGAUGAUGCGCUGAAAAUCUGGUUCGCGAUAAACAGAUUUGUGGAAAGCAUUGUUGACGUCUACUACCAGAAUGAUGCCUCCAUUCAGAAAGACUCCGAAAUCCAAGACUGGGUAAUGGAAAUCUUUACUGAAGGAUUCCUCGCCAGACAGUCAUCAGGAUUCCCAAUGGCAUUCCAAACUAAAGCAGACCUUACCAAGUAUCUCACCAUGGUGAUAUUUACCUGCUCUGGGAGACACGCUGCAGUAAAUACUGGGCAGUAUGAUUGGGGCUCCUGGAUGCCAAACAAUCCAUCGACUAUGCAGAAACCACCGCCCAGUGAGAAGGGCAAAGUCAGUAAACUGGACAUCAUGUGUACGUUGCCCGGUAAAAAGGAGACGGCCAUAGUGGUCGCUACCAUUUAUUUACUCAGCAAACCAUCACCCAUUUCAACAAAGCUUGGCAUUUACGUUGAGGAACGGUUUAUUGAGGCAGCACCGAAGGUGUGCAUAGAGAAGUUCCAGCAAGAUCUGCUGCAAAUCACAGACGAGAUCAGGAAGAGAAAUGAGGGUCUUGAGCUGAAGUAUGACUAUCUGCAACCCAACCUCAUUGAAAACAGUGUUGCAAUAUAACAUCUCUGGGCUCCAUUUCCAAUUCCUGCCUCCUGUGGAUUAGAACGUUGUGCUUCAAAAUUAUUCCAAAACGCUGAUGCAUUGCUACUUACUUUUCAAUUGAACAAAGGAAGAUAACUUUCCCAAAACUCCUCUUUGUUAUCGAUUCUUUAUAUUUUGUCUUUCUGUUUCCCUGGUGAGCUUGACAUUUUCUGCAUCAAUUUGCUUAGAUACAUGGACCUUUGGAGCAGGUGGCAGUUGAACCCAGGCCUCCUGGCUCAGAGGUACGGUGUUACCACUGCGCCAAUGGAUGUGUUCCUCCUGGGGAGUUGGGCGUUGUGUCAGAAUCUGAUGUGUGUUCAGCCAGACUACAGGGCUGCUUUUUCCUCGCUAGAGAGACGACUGGGGGUGGUUUAAUCUGAGGGUCACCACACCUCAGGCCAGGGGGGAGAUUGGGAAGGAGAGCCCUUCAUGGUAACCUCAGCCAGUUAUUGAACGCAUGCUGUUGGCAUCAUUGUGCAUUGUGGAGCUAGCUGUUCAUCCAAUUGAGCUAACUGACCACCCCCACUUCAUGAAAACAGGCUUUGGGAGACUCGGCUUAUCCCCAAACAAGUGUAGGUCCAAAGCACAAACCAGCAGUUAUAAGCAUGUCUGAUCUAUCUGAUGUGACAGUAUUUCACGAUGCGUGCAGUAUUGUAACCACAGCCUAAACAAAAUCUUACACAAAUCCCACAUAGCACCCUUUCAUAGAAUCCCUACAGUGUGGAAAUAAGCCCUUCGGCCCAACAAGUCCACACUGAACCUCAGAGCAUCCCACCUGGACCCAUCCCUCUAGCCUACACGACAAUUUAGCACAGCCAACCCACCCUAACCUGCACAUCCCUGGGCACUAUGGGACAAUUUAGCACAGCCAACCCACCCUAACCUGCACAUCCCUGGGCACUGUGGGACAAUUUAGCACAGCCAACCCACCCUAACCUGCACAUCCCUGGGCACUGUGGGACAAUUUAGCACGGCCAAUCCACCCUAACCUGCACAUCUUUGGACUGUGGGAGGAAACCCACACAGACACGGGGAGAACGUGCAAACUCCACACAGACAGUCGCCCGAGGGUGGGAUCGAACCUGGGUCCCUGGCGCUGCAAGGCGGCAGUGCUAACCACUGAGCCACAGUGUUUCUUUUAUAUUUGAUGUUAUUAUUAAGGGCACACUGCCCAGUUUACUCGUUCAUCAUCUUUCCUAUCCCACUCCUACCAAGGUGGACUGCCACAUAAAACAUUACAGCACAGGAGCAGGCCCUUCGGCCCACAACGUAUGUGUUGACCAUGAUGCCAAUCUAAACUAAUGCCUUUUGGCUGCACAAGGUCCAUUUCCACAAUUCCUGCCUGCUCACGCGUAUGUCCAAAAUGCCUCUUAAAUGUUACUGUCAUCGCUGUUUCCUCCUGGCAGCAUGUUCAAGGCACCUACCACCCUCUGUGUAAAAAAAACUUAUCUCACAUAUCUCCCUUAAACAUUCCCCCUCUCACCUUAAACCUCUGCCCCUAGUAUAAGACAUUUCCAUCCUGGGAAAAAGACUCCAAUUAUCCACCCUAUCCACGCCUCUGCUAAUUUUAUGUACCUCUAUCAUGUCACCCCCUCAGUCUCCAACAUUCUAGUGAAAACAAUUCAAGUUUGUCCAACCUCUCUGUAUGGCUAAUACACUCCAAUCCAGGAAACAGCCUGGUAAACCUCUUCUGCACCCUCUCCAAAACCUCCACAUCCUUCCUAUAGUGUGGCAACCAGAACUGCACACAAUAUUUUAAAUGUGGCCGAACUAAAGUUUUGUACAGCUGUAACAUGACUUGCCAAUUUUUACACUCAAUGUCUUGACCAAUGCUUUCAGUUAUUAAGAAAUAGGCUCCAGUUAAAGAUUAUUCAGAUAAUCAUAGAAGUAGUUUUCAACAUACAACCAGAAUACAAUACAAGCAGUAAAAUAGCAUUUAAACCCAGAUGUGGAAGUUACUUAGCCUUAGGAAACAUCUUAUCUUAUGCCGCAAGCAAGAUAGAUCGUUCACAACCCAUUAAUUACAAUGUGCCAAGAGUAGAAGUAGCUGUACAACUUUACAUUUUAUAACCAACUUUAUAAUAGAAAUUAACCUUACAGCAAUUAGUUAAAACUAACCGUCUUUUGUAUUUUUACAUGUAUAAUUAGGACAGUGGGAAAUUUGAAAGGAAUGACUGAACUUGAUAAAGAAAGCACAUGUAAUACUAUUAAAAAUAGAAUUCAAGCUGUCCUUAGAGAUAAACAGACCCGAAGGAGGAAAGCUUGUAAAGUUUUGGAAUGCGAAUGAAUAGAAAGAUCCCAAGGCCCAGAGGUUACAAUUGCUUGUAAACACCAUAAGAUCAUGGGAACCUGGGACUGCCCGUAGGUGUCCCACGGGAUUGGGUGUUUGGAUUAAGGGGAAAGACCUGACUACACUGUAUUUGAUUAUUGUAACACAAAGUAUAUAAAAAUGCUGUACUCCUUUGUAAAAUCAGUGUGUCAUUGAUCUCCCUUUUGAUUCGGGGAAGAUCCUUUGGCCCUCUCCCUGCAUCAACUGGUUUUUGCUUGAAUAAACAUUUUCCAUUGGCCUGAA